CCCAAAUCACGCAGACAUCGAUCAGUGAAUCGACCCUCACCGCUCAAGCUCUACCCUUUUCACCUCAUCCACAGCUUGUCGCCGUCGAAUCUCAUCCACGGCGGAGUCGGUGCAGCGCAGCUAGUCCCCGCCGCCCGCCGGGAUCUGAGCCACCCUCAACCGAAGGUUGAGACCUGCACAAUGGACAACAUAGUAGAUAGUUUAAACAACGCAUAUCAAGAUUUUGUUGCAGCAGCAGCUAGUGUUCUUGAGGCCAAGGAGACUUCUGCUGGCCAAAAAACAGCAGCUACUGAUGCUGCACUGGAAAAUUUUAAGCAACGUUGGGAACUGUUCAGAGUGGCUUGUGAUCAAGCCGAAGAAUUCGUAGAAUCUGUGAAACAAAGGAUAGGUUCAGAGUGCCUUGUUGAUGAAGCCACUGGCUAUGUGGCUGGAAAGCCAGGUCAGGCCGCCACCACAGGUCUUCCGCCUAUUAGUGCGGUUCGGUUGGAACAGAUGAGUAAAGCCGUUCGGUGGCUUGUGAUUGAACUGCAGCAGGGUUCUGGGACCGCCGGUGGUCCAUCACAUCCCCACUCUUCUGCUCCUUUCGAUACUAGAUUUUCUGAAGAUGCAACUCAAUAAGUAUUCUUGGAACUGGUUCUGGUUAUACUGCAUCUGGGCUUGUAAAUAGCUCAAUUAUUAUCAGUUGGUUCCGUAUAACAUAUUGUACCCUAGUCUCCCACAAUAGUUCCAUUAAUGUACUGUAAGAACUCCUCUUUAGUCCGCUGUAUUUUGUUGCGGUUAGAGAACAUCACAACUGCUUUGGUUUGUAGUACAAUUUUCACCGUUAUGAAAAGACUGGGCGAUUCGAAGUAUAAAA